AUGGCUGUCUCAGCCUUCAAAUCGUCAAGCAAAAGGAGCAAUGCCGCCACCAAUUCCUCAGCAUCAACAACCUCAUCUGUUGGCAGACAGCAAAUGGCAGACAAAGAUAAUAACAACCCAGCAAAGAAAGCCCCGCUCAGAAGGUCAAGAAGCGUCAGCGCUUUCUCAAGGACCAGCCUUGACGUCUCUGCUGAAAGCUUCUUGAACAAGAGAGACAACCCUCUCUUCUGGUCAACGGACGCCCAAGCCGUUGACCCCCAAAAGCUAGUCAAACCCACCAAGCUUGACGCUGCAACAUCGAAAGAUUCGAGACCGGCGACCUCGGCUGGUGCUGAUUCUAGAAGGGGCCGCUCCGGGUUGCGGAAUUCCGAUGCUUUGGGGACGAGGAAGGAGGCGGGUCGGAGCCUGUCGCGGGUCGACCCGAGCCGUCGGAACCGCUCCAUUUCCCGCGGUCCGGAUUCCAGGAGGCAUUUCGUCAAUUCUAAGAGUGACGAUGAACAAGUAUGGGGUUCGUUGAAUAAAGUGGGCAGUGAUGGGAAAAAGGGUGCUUUAGUUAGAAGCAGUUCUGAUGAGUUGGAUGAGUUGAAAGGUCUGCGUACGUGGUCCAGCCAGCAUUCACAAGAUUCUGAUGCAAAUUUGUCUUGUUUGCAAUCUACAAAUUGGGAAGAUGGAGUUUCAGUCGCAGGUUCUUUAUCUGGAGCAGAAGAGAAAGCUGUUAAAGCAGUGUGUGAACGGAUGAAUAUGGAUCUUGGGCAUUCUCAUUUGUCAGUUCAAGGGAAACAUUUGGAAGAUGAUAACCCGAGUACUAGUAUAUAUGAAACAGUUCGAUCUGAAGUGAGACGUGCUAUCUCUGAGAUUCAAAACGACCUUGAAAGUGCUAUGCGAAGGAGUAAUACUCCGGCACUUGCAACUACCGACAUUGCCGAUAUCCCUCCUGACCUGGUAAAUCCAAGUGCAGUUGAAUUAGUUUUGGACAUCAGAAGAGAAUAUGCCAAAAAGCUUGAGCAGUCUCGGGAACGCUCUAGAAAACUUCAAUCGGACCUGGCUGUUGAGGAGCACCGUGGACAAGAGCUCAGCAGGAUCCUGAAGGAAGUGCUUCCAGAUCCCAAGACCUCUAAUGUGCCAAAAUCACGUCCAGGAAGAAAAGCUAGCAUUGAAAGAAGGAAGAUGUCAAAACGUCUAACAGAAGAAGCCAUGUCUUAUUUUGAUGAGUGUGUAUCCCUUUCAACUUUUGAUAGUUCUGACUUCUCAUCGCCAGAAGACCCACCACUCAACUUAGUUGGCUUUACUACCCCUGUUGGUAAAAGCACAUCUUUACUCCAAGCAAGUUCAACUGCUGCAGUCACCAAUAACUCAAACUCUUGCCACAAUGAUAAACAGGGAUUAAGCAUUGAAAAUCAGUAUACCGAUGACCGUCAUGCUUCAGGACUGAUGGCGAGCAGUGGUCCUAGGGAGCCACAGAUUAGUCCUAACAGUGCCAACAUGCCCCAGGAUUGGAAGUUCUCAUUUGCUCAUAAGCCAACAGAAACCCUUGAGCUUCAACCGGACAUUAUGAAGUACGCCAGACAUUUUGAGAAAGGAAUUGAGAAAGAUGACUCGGAAUUGCAGACUGUAAGAUCAAACUAUUAUGAUUUGGGUGAGUACAAUUUGCAGGCUGCAGCACAAAGCUAUAUGUUCGAUAGGGUCCUUUUUCACAUUUUGCUUCUUUUUUCUGAUAAUGUGGUUGAGGAAUGCGAUAAAUAG